GAAAGCGCUACAAUGGACAGUGGACCACCUCUACAGAGAAGGCGACCACAUCUACAUCACUCUGAGUUUGGACAACACCUCAUGGGCGUCUCUGGGCGCUGCGGGUGCGGCUGUUGAUGUUCUGCAACAGCUCAGAGACGAAGCGAUCGAUGCGGCUGAGACGACCCUCAAGACAUACGGGAAAUUACUUACGAGCAAGAAGAUCCCGCACACGUGUGAGCUUGCACAGGGUGACCCCAGAACCCAACUGUGCCAAUUCGUCAAUGACAAGCAAUGCGCCAUGCUGGUAGUAGGCUCUCGAGGAAUGGGAGCCAUCAAAAGAGCUCUGAUUGGCAGUGUCAGCGACUACUGUGUGCACCACAGUGAUAUCCCGGUUAUUGUAGUGAAGGAAGACGCCUGAAAGCUACCUACACUCGCCCCCUGAGUGUAGAGACCACGUCCCUGCACAUAUAGACAGACUUGUGCGUGUACUGGGAACGAUUGGUCAUAUGUGUACAAGGAUUGCACAGAUACAUUCACACGCACACAGAGAUGUGGAUAGCAACAACCUGUAGGGUUUUCAGUCUAUCCUUGCCUUCGCAAGCUCUGAGAGUAUAUACCCUUUUCUGUUCGUUAGAAUUUCGACCACUAUUUAUAUCCCCAUCUCCCGUGGGUACGAACAGAUGCCAAAUAUGGUGAGAUGGAGGAAAUGGCGGUAAUAAACGCCAAAGUGCUUUACGAUGUACUAUUGGACAUGUUUAAUGUUUAUUCACAUUCACUUCAUAACAAUGACAUUACAAUCCAUGUAUAUUGGACAUAUAAACAAUAUUGUUUGUGAA